AUGAAAGAAACCAAAGAUUGGAACGAUGAGACUUACUACGCCCUGAGUGUUCACGAAAAAGUUCUCGAUAUAAUCGGCGCUUGGCCACUGACUGCUAGAGAGUUGAAAUCAAUCGCGAGAUGCUCUUUGGCAAUUCUAAUUCAGAUCAGUACUAUCGGCAGUCUGUCUCUGGAGGCUUACCGGCAGUGUCUCGGCACCGAGGACAUGAUGGAGGCCUUUUUAAUGGAUCUCUCGUCCGUCGUCAGUCUUUCCAAGCUGGUGGUUGUACGUCUCACUUGGAGACACACCUACGUUCUGGUGACCUCGCUCAUCGACGACUGGUCGUUAUCCAGAGACACGCGGCAGCGGAAGAUCAUGAUGAGAUACACCAACUUGGGCAGAAUCGUGUCUCUGACGAUGUUGUAUCUGGGCUACGCGUCAGGUGUGUCUUUUCUCUUCAUGGCGAUGCCUUUCGACAGUCUCAUACCCUGGCUGAACGUGUCCAAAGCGAGCGAUCGUAACAACGACACACUAAUGCCAACGACCUAUUUCUUGGCGACCUAUUGCGUUUUCGGAUCGCUUUCCACGAUCGCUCACGUUUGCGUUCUGUUGCUGCAAGCGGCUCAGAUCUUCGUCAACGCGACUUCGCACUGCGGAAACGACGGUUUCUUCUUCGGUCUCGCGAUGCACCUGUGCGGUCAGUUCGAGAUGCUCGAAAUGGACUUCGCCGACGUCGAAGCGGAAGCGCGAGCUUGCAAGACGAAAUUGCGAACGUUAAUCGGAAGACAUUGUAGGCUGAUAAUACUGGCCGACAGUCUCGAGCACGCUUUCAACAUGGCGAUCCUCGCGCAGUUAUUGAUGAGCGUGCUGCUGCUCUGCGUGGAAGGCAUGCAAUUGAUAAUCUCGCUGAAACUGAACGACAACAUCGCAUCGAUAAAACACGUUGUUCUGAUUCUGACAAUGUUGGUGCAACUCUAUCUUUACUGCUACGCCGGUAAUCAGCUGGAAUGUGUAACCGGGAGAAUCGCGGGCAGCGCGUACGAUAGUCCGUGGUACGAGUUCGACGUGAAGAUAAUGAAAAAUCUGUUGCUGGUGAUGCUUCGAGGAGAAAUGCCGCAUCAAAUAACAGCUGGCAAAUUUCUACCUAUGAAUUUGUUCUCCUUCAAAGAGAUUCUGAAAGCCACCGGUUCUUACCUUUCGGUUCUCAGAAUGAUGAUAGACGUAAUGUCGAAUGAACGUUGGAACGACGACAUCGCUUACGCUUUCUCCACUCACAGACUGUGUUUGAGAGUAUUCGGUGUGUGGCCGUUGCAAACGCAGAAAGUGUUCGCGAAGACGUUAUGGAUCUCCUGGGCAAUUGGACUGAUUUUGGUGCAGCCGUUUAUAGUUAUCGAUUUUAUUUCGAGCAAUGAGAAAGUUGGUUCGAACAUAGAAACGAUAUUGCAAGGAGUAUCCGCGAUAAUUUCGCUUACCAAACUUUUGUGCAUCGGUUUCGGUCAAAAGAAAUUAGGCACAAAUAUCAACGCCGCCGCCGAUGAUUGGCUGUCCGUUAAAGACGACGAGAAAGCUAGAAAGAUUAUGAAAAAGUACGCGGUUAGAUCCAGACGGCUUACCUUUUUGUUGCUAUAUUCGGCUCUUGGGUGUUUUACCAUAUACGUGACGACCAUUCUGUUGGUAAACAUACAACAGUUGUUCUUCACGGAUCCGAAUUUGAUAGACGCUAACGCAACGACUUGGAUAUUUCUGAUCCCAUCCGGUUACUUGGGUAAUUUAGUGUCCGGCGAACAGUACGCGAUACUUCUGACCGUUCAAAUUCUUCAAACGUUCGCCAUAUGUUCCUUGCAAGCUAUCGGGGAUACCAUUUUCUUCAACUUCACGAUGCAUCUCACCGGCCAACUCAAAGUGCUCAAAAACAAAUUCAGAACGUUCGCGGACAAGCAGGACACAGAGGCGAAUUAUCGAAAGAAAUUCGUCGAUCUGGUUAACAGACACAGCGAAUUAAUGGAGUAUCAUCAGAAUUUGGAAGACACUUUUCACUUCAUUCUGUUAGUUCAGCUUGUGAUAAUAACAGUUCUGCUCGCGUUGAUAGGAUUGCGUAUAGAUUUUUUACUAACCGAAGGCGGUGAUCAGGUCGAAAUGAUGAAGAACACUUUCGUGAUGAACUACUUACUGUUACAGUCGUUGGUGGUCACUUACGCCGCUGAUUUCUUGCAGGCCGAGAGUGAAGAUAUAUUUAUAGCUCUGUACACAACUUCCUGGUUCAAGCUUCCCGUAAAGUUGAUGAAGGAUCUGAAUUUCGCGAUGAUGAGAUCGAGCAUUCCGUUCCGUCUUACUGGCGGAAAAUUCUUUUAUGUUAAUCGCGAGACGAUGAUGAACAUCCUUAAGACAGCGGCGUCUUACGUUUCGGUUUUACGAAUUGCGUUGCAGGAAUAA